AAAUUGACAUCCAAAUCAGUUUUAGUUUUACUUUUGGUGUCACUCCAGAAACACUAUACAAAAUUCUCUAUUUUUUAGACAAAAUUAAUAUUCCCUAAAAGCAAAAUGAUGAUAGACAUGGACAGCCCCGACAUUCCCGAUGAGGUCAUCAACUACGUGGAGGAGCAGCGAGUUCGACAGCGGGAAUUUGUCAACGAGAAGGAGUUGCUCAAGGAGCGCAUCAAGAAGGCGCAGGAUAUGCUGAAGCUGCUCGAGGGUCGGCCCAAUGCACUUCCCUGCACCAUUGCGUGUGGCAACAUCUACCAGCAGAGCACCGUGCAACAGAUGAGGGAAGCCCUGGCUGCCAAUCUAUCGACCUCCAUGGAGCAGUUCAUCGAGGCCCACCGGAACAUCCUGGCCAUACAGCGAGUUCUCAGCCAGGACUACGAGACGAUCAGCGAAAACGCCAACAGGUCGAAUUAUCCCAAUCUAAUCUAAUUAUCUAAGAAGUGCUGUAAUCUGGGCCAUUUCGACCAUACAGCAUUAGUGAUCCUUUGAUCGCUUUAUAAUCUCCUUGAAAUCGGUGCGAGGGACGACUAAAUCGCACAGUUGAUACCUACCAUUUCAUUUGUAAAUAAAUAUGAACCAACUUUACAAUUA